AUGCCCUUCCUCACCAAAACCCUCCUCACCCUCCUCGCCACCGCCAUGGCCGCCUCCGCCGACGAAGUCGCCCGCGGCUACGACGGCACCAUCACGACCGAAGGCAUCGGCAACUGUCCUCUCACGCAGCACGCCGAGAACCACAUCGAUUUCUCCUGGGAGCCCAGCAACGGUAGCGUCUGUGUUGAAAUGGGCCGUCCGUAUUCCGACGCCUACCAUGCGGGACUGACCGCGCAGGCCCAGACCCCUGAGAGCAUUAAUCCGCCGCAGUUCGGUGGCUGCAGGGACAGUGACUGUACGGACUGUACGUUCGUGGAUAUCAAGUAUGGGAAUGAUCCUGGGAACGUGAAGGUGGAUUGUUUGGAGUUGAAGGAUGCGCCGUAUUUGUUUGUCGGGUUCGCGCAGAAGAAGAAGGAUUUGUAA